GGCUUCACCGCUGGGUUCUCAGUGUAUCCCAGCCAGAGACUGAGCGGUCGUCUGCCCGCGGGCGCUGUUCAGUUAUCAUUUGACUGGUCAAUAUGGACUCCCAAAGAUCUCCAAAAGAAACUGUCCUUAUUACAGGAGGAGGUGGUUAUUUUGGUUUCCGCCUAGGCUGUGCUCUGAAUCAGAAGGGAGUUUGUGUGAUUCUGUUUGACAUCAACAGGCCAGCUCAACCCAUUCCAGAAGGGAUCAAGUUUAUCCACGGAGACAUCCGCUGCCUUUCUGAUGUAGAAAAAGCCUUUCAGGAUGUGGAUGUCACUUGUGUGUUCCAUAUUGCCUCUUAUGGCAUGUCUGGGCGGGAACAACUAAAUCGAAACCUGAUUCAAGAAGUCAAUGUUGGAGGCACAGACAACAUCCUCCAGGCUUGUAGAAGAAGUGGGGUGCCAAGACUAGUUUUCACCAGUACUUUCAAUGUCAUCUUUGGGGGCCAAGUUAUCAGAAAUGGAGAUGAAUCUCUGCCUUAUCUACCUCUUUACCUCCACCCUGACCACUACUCUCGGACUAAAUCUAUUGCAGAAAAAAAGGUGCUGGAGGCCAAUGGUAUAGCCCUGGAAAGAUGUGAUGGUGUGUUGAGAACUUGUGCUCUGAGACCAGCUGGCAUCUAUGGUCCUGGAGAACAAAGGCACCUUCCCAGGAUAGUGAGCUAUAUUGAGAGGGGCCUGUUCAAGUUUGUAUAUGGGGAUCCUGAGAGCCUAGUUGAGUUUGUUCAUGUUGAUAAUUUGGUGCAGGCUCACAUUCUGGCUUCUGAGGCACUGAAAGUUGACAAGGGUUACAUUGCUUCUGGAAAGCCCUAUUUCAUCUCAGAUGGCAGGCCUGUGAACAACUUUGAGUUCUUCAGGCCUUUAGUUGAGGGCCUUGGCUACACCUUCCCGUCUAUUCACCUGCCACUGACCCUCAUUUACAGCAUUGCUUUCCUAGCAGAGAUGGCCUACUUCCUUUUGGGCUGGCUGUACAACUUCCAACCCUUCCUCACCCGCACAGAAGUUUACAAAACUGGCGUGACACAUUACUUUAGCCUAGAGAAAGCCAAGAAGGAGUUAGGUUAUGAGCCUCAACCAUUUGACCUCCAAGAAGUAGUAGAGUGGUUUAAAGCCCACGGGCAUGGCAGAACGCCUGAAAGUCAGGACUGUAGGCUUCUUGUCUGGAGUGGUGGUCUGUUAGUCUUACUCCUGGCUAUAGUGAUUCUCACAUGGCUGCCUUCUGUGAGUCUGUCACUAUGAAGGAAGAGCUGAAAAUAAGGAGCUGAUUACAUUUACUGAGAUGGUUUUCAAGAAAUGAGUAGUUCUUCAAAUUGCUACUUAAGAAGAGAUUCUUAGAUUGUCUUUAUUUCUCAAUUCCUUGUACUGAUAGUAGAAAAAGAAGUAAAGAUAAAUUUGAAAUUGACUUCUUGUAUUCUUCUACUUAAAUGGGUACAAUAGAAGUCAUUUUUGAGCUACAGAGAUACACUUUGACUGAAAAUAUAUCUAACCUGAAUUUCUCAGAAGCCAAAAAUAGCCUUACUUCCAUUCUAUACAGUCAUGCAUCACUUAAUGUUUAAGUAAACGACAGACCACAUAACAGUAGGGUCCCAGUAGACUGUAUUAUGCAGCCUAGGUGUAUAGUAGACUGCACCAUCUGGCUUAAUGUGAUUAUGCUCUGAUGUUUACACAAAAUGAAACCACCUGACAUAUUUCUCAAAAUGUUUCCUCAUCAUUAAGUGACACAGGACUGUAUUUUCAUCUACUUGAAAUGCACACCGAUAUUGAAAUUACAGGAUACUAACAGACUUGAAAAAUGUGUGAAAAACACCAAAUUGGGCCAAAUCAUUGCAGACCAACCCUCUGAGGAGAUGUGGCUAUAUAGCAGGGGAGGCAUUAGCUAUUCACAGCAAAAGUUUUAGGAAUUUGUUUUGCCCUUUUCAAUAUUAGUGCAUUAAUCCUGUAUGAUCACAUGAAAAAUGCUUGAUGCUUAAGCAAGCAAGUCUUCUAUCUUGCCUCACUGGAUUAUUUUGAGAAUUAAAUUAGGCAAGGAUAUAAAGUGCCACUUAACAAAUAUAAGUCAUUGUUUUUAUUAGUAUUGUCAUGAUACAUUCUUUUGGGGGUGUUUUGUUUACUGUUACUACUAAAGUUUCUGGUAUCCCUUUGUGGUAUGUCUUCAGAGGCAGUAAAAAAGUAUGUCUGAAUAUAUUGAGUGUUUAUAAAGUUUUGAUCUGAGAAUAGAUUGAAAUUCAGGAAGCAACUGAAAAUCUAAUGAUUAAGGAAGAUGAGUAAACUAAUGGUGCUAUUUUUCAUUUAAAAAACAUAGUUCUACCCUAAUAUACUUGUAUUUUUUUCUGGGAAGAAUUUUGGUUCACUGAAGGCAAGUUCUAUGAAGAAUGUUCUGAACAAUGGCAGCAUUGUCUAUCCAUUCAUGUUGAUUGUUGUGGCAGGCAUUCAAGUUGUACUGUUGCAUUUGAGCCAACAGAAAGAAAAUAGACUCUGCUCUUUCCAUGAUACCAGAUACAGAAGGGAUAGUGUUAAAUACUAUAAGAAGGAGAUUGUUGUGGAAAUUUGUGGGGGGCUGGGCAGUGGCACACCAGGUUAAGCACACACAUUACCAUGCACAGGGACCCAGGUUUGGUUCAAGCCCCUGCACCCACCUGCAGGGGGAUGCUUCAUGAGUGGCAAAGCAGGUCUGCAGAUGUCUAUUUUCUCUUUGCCUCUCUAUUUCCCUCUCCCCUCUCAAUUACUCUCUAUCCUAUCAGGAAUAAUGGAAAUUUUAAAAAUGACCACCAAGAGUGGUGGAUUUGUAGAGCUGGCACCAAGCCCCAGUGGUAACACUGAUGGCAAUAAAAAAUAAAAAAUAAUUUUUAAAAAGAAAAUUGUGUGAAAGUUGUUCUGAAAGUAUUUAUAGAAGGAGAUUGUUAGAAUGAUGGUCCCUGGUGAAUGCUGCCUGUUUGGAGGGAAAGCACUCAACGUGAUAAACACAAGACCUAUAAUCAUUAAUAU